GCGGCCGAGGCGGAAUCGCCUCGAAUCGAACUCAACUGAACUGAACUGAAACGAAACGAAAAAAAGUGAAUGUUGUCGCUGGCGGUGCUCACAAGCCUUCCAAACUCUGUACUGGUCGGGUGUCCUCACCAGUCGCUCCGCAGCCUCUGAAACAGCAGCAAGUCCCAACCGAGCAGCCACCGCAACUGCAUAUCCCGAGCCCAAAGUUCACUCAAGACCAGACCUCAACGGCCAGCAGCAACAACUCAGCAGCAUAACUGUAGUGGACCGCCGAGCAGAGCACAGAUCGACAUGGCAUUCCGCGUAGCCGGACUCUUCCUGAAGCGGGAGCUCGUGGCCCCCGCCACCCAGCAGCUGCGUCUGCUGCGCACCUCCAACGUGGCCCGCACCCAGUUCCUGGCCAACUCGCCCAACACGGCGCUGGACAAGAGCAUCCUGCAGCGCUACCGCAACCUGGAGACGCCCGCCAACCGGGUGCAGGCCACCUACCUGUGGAUCGACGGCACCGGGGAGAACAUCCGCCUGAAGGACCGCGUCCUGGACAAGGUGCCCAGCUCCGUGGAGGACCUGCCCGACUGGCAGUACGACGGCAGCUCCACCUACCAGGCCCACGGCGAGAACUCGGACACCACCCUGAAGCCGCGCGCCAUCUACCGCGACCCCUUCAAGCCGGGCAAGAACGACGUGAUCGUCCUGUGCGACACCUACAACGCCGACGGAAACCCCACGGCCUCCAACAAGCGGGCCGCGUUCCAGGCGGCGGUCGACAAGAUCGGCGACCAGGAGCCGUGGUUCGGCAUCGAGCAGGAGUACACCCUGCUGGACGUGGACGGACGUCCGUUCGGCUGGCCGGAGAACGGCUUCCCGGCGCCCCAGGGCCCCUACUACUGCGGCGUUGGAGCUGACCGCGUCUACGCCCGCGACCUCGUGGAGGCCCACGCCGUGGCCUGCCUGUACGCCGGCAUCGACUUUGCCGGCACCAACGCCGAGGUGAUGCCCGCCCAGUGGGAGUACCAGGUGGGCCCCAGCAACGGCCUGAAAGCCAGCGACGACCUCUGGGUGUCCCGCUACAUCCUGCAGCGCAUCGCCGAGGAGUACGGCGUGGUGGUGACCUUCGACCCCAAGCCCAUGGAGGGCCAGUGGAACGGAGCCGGCGCCCACACCAACUUCUCCACGAAGGCGAUGCGUGCCGAUGGCGGCAUCAAAGCCAUCGAGGCGGCCAUCGAGAAGCUGAGCAAGCAGCACGAGCGCCACAUCAAGGCCUACGACCCCAAGGAGGGCAAGGACAACGAGCGGCGCCUGGUGGGUCGCCUGGAGACCUCCAGCAUCGACAAGUUCUCGUGGGGCGUCGCCAACCGGGCCGUGAGUGUGCGAGUGCCGCGCGGAGUGGCCACCGCCGGCAAGGGAUACUUCGAGGACCGGCGGCCGAGCUCCAACUGCGACCCCUACGCCGUGUGCGGCGCCCUCGUGCGCACCUGCCUCCUGAACGAGUAGGCAGGCCGCAGAGGAGGUCCUGGAGGCACCCGUUGUAUAUAGCGUACCGUUCGGCUACUUUUCGGUUUAAAUAGGCAGCAAGGCAACCUCGACAGUUGCUCGUCCAAAAUACAAAAAAGACAGGAACAGAAGCAGAAGCAGGAGGAGGAGGAGGAAGAGGAGAUGGCACCAGUGGCGUGCGUUAGCAUUUAGGCAUUAGGAGUGGGUGGGCGGGCGUGACAGAACACCUGAAACUGAGAAUUCUGCCAUUAAUAUUUUACUAAGUAUGUUUACCGUAUCGUUGCUUUAAUCUUAUUAAUAAAUACUUGUAACCUA